UGCCGGGGAGUUGGUCAUCCAAUCUGUGGACAAUGACCACAAAGAACUUCCGAUGGUUGUUUUCGCGCCCCUCCCCCAAACCGGCGGCAUCAAAGCGACCGGCCCCCGCCACUGAUAUUCAAAUCUUCAUGAUUGAAGACACAGACGCGCCAAGAAGCGACCAGACACAUGGGCCAUCACUCCUAUGCUAUCUCUCUGGUCAGGGCGCAUCACUUCUGGGGGCAUAUGUUUCUUGUUCUGCUCUUGUGACCUCAGCUCAGAACAUACCGUAGCCGUCGUCUGGUCAGGAUGGAGGUGUCGUCUCUCGCUUCACAUCUUCCGUACUCUGUGUACCGUCCUCAUCUCGGGCUCAGCAGACCGUCCGUCCUCAGCUGCCCGCCGGCGGCUCCCUACGGCCUGCCCUGGCCCUGCUUCUACCCGGGCCUGUCCGCUCUGGUCAAGCCCAGCGAGCUUCCCGUCUUCUACCCCAGGAUUAACUUCGGUCUCCCCGCCUCCAGUGGGAAGCAGUCUCCGCUGACGGCCGACAAGCAUCCGGUCCAGCCCGUCGAGUCCUUCGGACCCAUCCCAGGGCUCCUCCCGACGGCCAGGGACCGACGCGUCCAGAACAGUCCCUCGGGUUCCGACAGGACGUCCCCCCGCGUACCGUCCACGUCGCCAUCGCUGGAGAAGUCCGUGAGUGACCGAGCCGAGUCCUGGCUGACCAAGGACAAGUCCGUGUCCGGAGAAGUGGACAUCAGCAGCAGCGGUAAGAGGAAGAGACCAGAGAAGAAGUUCCCCUGUCCGUUCUGUACGGUGUGCUGCGCCAACAACGGACAGCUGAAAGGGCACUUACGCGUGCAUACUGGCGAGCGGCCGUACCCCUGUGACCACCCCGGCUGCGGACGCGCCUUCGCCCGGAACGAGGAGCUGACCAGACACCGCCGGAUCCACACCGGUGUCCGCCCCUACCCCUGCACGGAGUGCGGCAAGGCCUUCAGCCGUAAGGACCACCUCACCAAGCACGCCAAGACGCACCUGAAAGGUACCGACAGGAGGGCGAUACUGCGGCGGGACCUGGCGGUGUGUGAAACCAGUCGGUCCGACGCGUGGUCGACGCACGCAGGGCAGAGAAACUGACAUCCCGACGCAACCAUUUCCAGAGACUUUGUACAUUUGUAAAUCAAAUCUUUAUAUAUCUGAAUUAUUUGAACUUCCCAAGUACGCGAGAAUUGUCGAUGACGCCUGUAUCAACUUUAAAGAUUAAAUAAAAGAACGUGCUUGUAACUUACCAAAGAGGCUCAUGGUCCGAAGUGCGCAUGCGCAGGGAGAUGCACUGUGGGUAAUAUGUCUUAACAUAUUACCCACAAUGCGUUUCGAUGCGCAUGUGUACAUAGAACAAUGAAGCACCCAUUAAGUAUUUUAUUAGUCAUAAUCACAUGGGAAUCAUGGCAGCCGUACAUGGCGUUGAAAUUUAUUCUAGACAAUUUGUAAAAUAGGACAAAAAGUCUAUUGUACAGUAGUGUAAGUGUAAAUAAAUGAAUAUACAUUCGUACUCAAUAAACGUUACACUUUGAUGACUUAAA